GGGGACCAUGGCCAACAGUGAACGCACCUUCAUUGCCAUCAAGCCUGAUGGGUUGCAGUGCAGCCUUGUGGGAGAAAUCAUCAAGCGUUUUGAGCAAAAGGGAUUCCGCCUCAUUGCUAUGAAAUUAAUUCAGACUUCUGAAGACCUUCUCAAGGAGCACUACAUCGACCUGAAGGAUCGUCCCUUCUUGGCCGGCUUGCUCAAGUACAUGCAGUCAUGGCCCGCGGUUGUCAUGGUCUGGGAGGGCCUGAACGUGGUGAAGACAGACCGAGUGAUGCUUGGGGAGACCAACCCUCCAGACUCCAAGCCUGGGACCAUUCGUGGGGACUUCUGCAUCCAAGUUGGCAGGAACAUUAUCCACGGCAAAGACUCCGUGGAGAGUGCGGAGAAGGAGAUUGGCUAAUGGCUCCAGCCUGAAGAGCUGGUGUAUUACAAGAGGUGUGCUCAGAGCUGGAUCUACAAGUGACAGGAGAGGAGACCUCCAUGCUUUGUUCAUUCCGUUCCCUCUCCCUCCCCUGAGCAGGGGGCCGGGCUCUCACAA